AUGCAAGGAGGGAAGAGGCAGAUGCUUAGAAAAAGAGGGAGUGAUAACGAAGAAGAAGAGGACCAAGCUGAUCGUGAUGAGGAUGAUGAGGCCGAUAGGGAUGAUAGAGAUGAUGAAGUUGCUACUGGUCCCUCGUCAAAGCUGACCCAGCUAGCUAGUGAGAAUACACUUGGUAAGAGACAAAGGGUUGAAUCAUUGGUAUUGAUCACUUCUCAUAACAGGUCGCUCCCUAUUCAACGUGAUAAUGAGGAUGAGGAAGGUGGUGAGAUCCCGCUUCCCGAGAAUAGUGCUACUCAGCGGCGGACAUCUGGAAGGGCCUAA